AUGUUAGACAUGCAAUACCGUUGUUGCAUCAUCUACAGCGGACAGUGCAAUGUCACCAUGACAAACGAAACUGACAUUUGUGUUGGAGUGAACAGCACACAGCUGCAGCUCAGCCUGAACAGCGGACAGAUGCUCGGAGACUUCUGUGACUUUUCUGUGGAGGAAUACGCCUGCGCUUCUCUGUCGGGCUUGAAAGCAGAACAUUUAGCGGCGGUUCUGAUGUGUGAUCGAUCCUCAAACUCCAGCAGCUCGAGGCCCGUCUGGAAGCUUCUCCUCUCCAAAGCCUCUCAUGUUCUGGACGAAGCUCUCGAUCUUCUCCCCGGCAAGUCUCUGGACCCCAGAAAUCCUGCAGUGUCGAUGAUUUUGGACUCAAUUCGAGAAAUCCGACUGGAUAUAUACAAGAUGAUCUCAGAGUUUACGUGGCCAAACCAUGACUUGCCCUCCGACAAAGAGGCCGUGAAGAAGCUCAUGCAGGGGUGUGGAUUCGACCAUGACGCGGCCUACGGCAAAACCAAGGUCUUCAUCCGCACUCCACGUACGCUCUUCAGCCUGGAGGAGCAGCGGGUGGAAAUGGUCCAGAGGAUCGUCCUCUUCCUCCAGAAGGUGAGACCACCUCACAUUCGCUUAUGA